AUGGCGCAUGUUGGGGGAGGGUGGAGAGGAGGAGACACAAUGAUCAGUAAUAGGCCUCCCAGGCCUGAUCUGCCGCCUCCUCGGCUUGCUCCUCCUCCCACCACGCACAGAAAAACCCGCUUAGAAGUUAGCGUUGAGGCGCCGCAGAUCAAAAACAACGCUGAGAGGCGUUCUCUCUUCGGGAUUUACGGCACUCGUAAUAACUCAGCAGAAUCUCGACCUUCAGUGUAUCAUUAUUUUACCGUUGAUCCCGGUGAAUCGUUUUUCACGGUUCUUCCAUUGACACCAAGCCGCUAUUUUGGACCAGAAUUCAAAGCAAUUAAUGGAUCGUGUUUGCGGUUAGAGUUCAAGGCUUCAAAUGAGCCGCCUGAUGAGACCUCACUUGCUAUCACACGUCUCGAGGUGUAUCAAGAGCGGAAGCGAGGCCGCCAGACCUACACCAGGUACCAGACCCUCGAACUCGAGAAGGAGUUCCACUUCAACCGCUACCUGACGCGGCGACGGAGGAUAGAGAUCGCCCACGCCCUCUGCCUCACCGAGCGGCAGAUCAAAAUAUGGUUCCAGAACCGUAGGAUGAAGUGGAAGAAGGAAAACAAGAGCAAAGUGGAGAAUGGAAACCCCCUUUCAGAAACCCCUACCCCAACUUCCCCAACGCAGUGA